AUGCUCGACCACAACAGCGAGCCUGAAUCCUCAGAGGAUUCUUUUUUGGGGAGUGAUGAUCAGGCGCUUUCCAUAAGUAAGCCCGGGCACUUAUUAUUAGGCGAUAUGGAUGAUCAGGAGAUAAUGUCUUCCUUGGCAAUAUCUGAUGGCGAACCCGACCAGGAAUGUGCAGACGAGCAGUCAACCGAUAUGUCCCACGAUCAGAUCAUCUUUGAGGAUGAUUCGUGCAACAGCUUUUACGGGCACAACAACAACCCUAUAUAUGCGCUUGCAGUGCUGAAAUCCCAUGUCAUUUCUGGGGGCGGAGAUGAUCGUUGCUUUUGUUGGGACCCGAGUGCCGAUCCGCCUGCGCCCAUUUAUCCAAAGGCUUUUUCCAAACCAAAAUUUACGGAUUCCAUUUCGGCCGUGGCAAUCAGCCACGAUGCCGAGUUAUGUGCCGCUGGUUGUCUUUCCGGGCAAGUUGCCGUGUGGAAGGUCUCGUCAAACGGCGCCUCGCUACUUGGCUUGUUUGAUGGGCCCUCAGACAUCACUUCGCUUCAAUUUCAUCCGAAAGGGUACAUUUUAAUGGCCUCUGGAGAAGACGGUACCAUUUGGCUAUGGUCCCUUCCUUCGGGAAAUUGUCUCACAGUGCUGUCGACAGAUUCGUUUGCCAUUUUGAAGGCCAGCUUUUAUCCGCAAUCUGGAAAAUAUGUCGUUUCUUCAUCUGCUGAUGGGUCUGUUAGGGUUUGGGAUCCAAAAUCAAGCCUUCCAAAAUCCAAGUUUUCCACCGGAAGCGCCGUCAACACAAUAGACUUGUUCGAAUCAACGACAGAUUGUACAAAAUUCAUCCUUGCUGGCUGUGAAGAUGGGAGGGUUUCCCUCCUCCAUGGAGUUACUUGCGCAUUGUUGAAAGAGCAAUGUGACCUGCAUGAAAAUUCGGUGGAAAUCGUCGCCUUUGCAAAGAGGGGCGAGAACCUCUAUGCUCUCAGUUGCUGUUUGGGGGGCAUUCUUGCCAUUGUCGAGGUACCUUCGCUUGCUCUUAGAAAUCAAUGUGUACAUCCAUUUGGAAUUACAACCCUGAAAGUUAUCAGCAAUGAAACCCUCUUUGUUGCCGUUACGGGAUCUACUGACGGAAAGGUCCGAGUUUGGGAUAUUCUGUCUGGCUCACUUCUCCGAACCCUAAUGGGCCAUCAAGAUACCAUUCUGGAUCUCUCGUACAUUGCUUCAAGCCAGCAGUUGGUCAGUGCGUCUGAUGACGGGUGUUGUUUGGUAUUUAAUUUAAAUAAUUAA